AUGUCUGUAGAGGAGAAGUUUGAGAAGCUGUCAAUUGACCACCAUGUGAAGGAUGACACAGCGAACAACAAACUUCUGGACAAGUAUGCCCACAAGAUCAAGAAUGACCAGUUUUCGUUCUCGAAAGUAAAGAAAACGACGAAGGAUAAAGCCAAUAGGGCCACCGUGGAGAAUGUGCUGGACCCGCGGACGAUGCGGUUUUUGCAAGCGCUGAUGAACAGGGGCAUUAUUUCGGAUUUCAACGGGUGUUUGAGUACGGGGAAGGAGGCUAAUGUGUACCAUGCGUUUGCAGGGGACGGUGUCUCGAGGGCUAGUGGCACUCUUCCGGAUGAGGAGUCCCUAUUGGCGAGAUUGACUCAGGAAGAGAGGGCUGUGCAGGCCAGUGUUGGCGGUAAGAAAGAGUACGCGAUUAAGAUCUUCAAGACAUCGAUAUUGGUAUUUAAAGACAGGGAACGGUACGUCGACGGUGAGUUCCGGUUCAGGAACUCGCGGUCACAGCACAACCCGCGUAAGAUGAUCAAGAUCUGGGCAGAGAAGGAGUUCCGGAACUUGAAGAGAAUAUACCAGUCCGGUGCAGUCCCAGUUCCGAAACCAGUAGAGGUGAAGAACAACGUGCUAGUGAUGGAGUUCUUGAACCGUGGCGAUGGGUUCGCGUCCCCCAGACUAAGGGAUUACCCAUAUAAGGACACGGACAGUAUUAGACAGUACUACUGUACUUUGGUGGCGUACAUGAGGCUAAUGUACCAGGUCUGUGGGCUGGUCCAUGCGGAUCUUUCAGAAUACAAUGUGUUGGUACACAACGACCGACUGUACAUCAUUGAUGUGUCGCAGAGUGUGCAGCCCGAACAUCCAAUGAGUUUGGAUUUCCUGCGAAUGGAUAUAAAGAAUGUCAACUUGUAUUUCGGGAAGAUGGGCAUCGAUAUCUUCCCCGAAAGAAUCAUCUUCCAGUUCGUGAUAUCAGAGUCGCUCGAUAAAUUUGAGGGUGACUACAAGAGCUCCAAAGAUUUGACAGAGUACGUUGAGUCGAACCUCCCAGUGAAGAAAACGGAACAGGACGAGAUGGAGGACGAAGUGUUCAGGUCGCUGUACCUCGUUAGGAACUUGGAAGGGUUGGAGGAAAGAGACUUUGACAGAUUCACAGAGGGGAAGUUUGAUCUAUUGAAGAGUCUGCUGGCUCACGACAUGGAAAAGAAUUUCACCGCUGCUGAGCAGCAAUUUGAGUUCGAUGACGAAAACGAUUCAUCAAGUGGGUCUCAAGAUGACGAUGGAGAAGACGAAGACGAAGAGGAGAGUGAUGGCGAAGACGAAGAAGACGUCUACUACACCACAGAUGACGAGGACAAAGUUCUUAAGGGGAAGAAGUACGAGGAUAAAGAUGCAAAGAAACUGCGGAAGCAGGAAGCAAAGGAUGCGAAGCGCGAAAAGCGGAAGACCAAAGUGAAGAAGCACAUAAAAAAGAAGCUGGUCAACAAGACCAAAUCUAAGAAGUGA